AUAGGGAUAGGGAAUUUCCCUAUGGAAUUUCCGCAUAGAAUUUCGCAAUUCUCUGAAUAGGCUCGAAAAAAGUAAGACACCAAGAGCCCCUGAAAAUAUUUCGAAUUGAUGUUUCUGCAUUAAGAAACAUCAGAUAUGAGUCCAUUGAUUCAAGGAGAGUACAAAAGCUGUAACUUUCCAACAAGCAGGGAUGAUAAAUUUUCGAUUUCCCUAUUUUCCUCAUUAUCUUAAGGUUAAUUGCGAUAUUUUUAGAAAACCUGCAUAUAUUUAUCAAAUCUCAAUAACUCUUCCAUACAUCUGGCAGCUCUGAUCAAAGCAUGCUCUCGUGUUUUCGUGGGGCGAGGUCUUCAGCAAGGUCUUCAGCGUUUGUCUGUUUUGUUUUGGUUGGUUUUCAGGCAUUAUUUUGCCAGUACUUAGUUGUUUUUCCUUGCUGAAUAUAUUUUCACAUGUCUGAAGACAAGAGCUUGGAAGAAGACCCUUACGGCGACCUUUGGAGAUGGGAAAAUCAGUGUUUCGAGGAGUUCGAAAAUCAGCCCAGCUAUGAGUCACAGUUGCAGCAAGAAAGGGAUCUAGUGAAUCAGAAAUUGUGGCAUCUAUUUCAAAACUCAGCCACAUGCAUUGCACAACUUCAUAAAGGUGGCAGUGCCCAGGGGGAGAGGAACACCCGCUGGAUGCCAUUUCAGACUGCCGCAGGCUCAGUCACUGCCCUCUACAAAGAGUCGGUGGACAGCAUCCGCCGCUGCACGGAGCUCGGCAUCCAGCACGGACAACAGCGCAGGACCCGGGAACUGGUGGCCUUCCUGCGCCGGCGCCGGCUGAUUCGGCGUGAGGAUCUGCUGGCCUUCCUCAGCGGGAAGCCGCCACCGCCGGCGGCCGUCACUGCUAGUCGACACUCGCACAGGUCGUCGCCCCGUCCGCACCUGUCGGUAUCGGACCGCGCCUCCCCGCGGCUCUCGGAGCGCAGCUCUCCGCUGCUGGCCGGUGCCUCGAUACUGGUCACCGCCGCCCCGGCCGGCGGACACGACUGUAGUGAUGGUCUACAGCCGUUCAGGGAUGCCCUGGCGCUCAGCAGUCUUCAGGGAGCCAUGUCGGCGGUCAGUUUCCGCCCGCCCUCCCCGGCCGCUGCCUCCACCGGCACGGCCAGAAGGCGCCACUCACCGGCCAGGAGGGGACUGAGCGGCUCCCCGGCGCCCUCAGACUCGGUGAAGCGGCCGGCCACACCGUCCUCCCCCAGCGAUGUGAUAAUGGACUCGCCCACCCACAAGCGGCCGCGUCUCACAUAAUGGACUCGUCUGUCUGCCACGUCCGCCCUGCCAAAAUUCACUGUCCCCUCGCGCGUCUGGGGCGACCCUGGGGAUGGUCUGGUGGCGUAUUCGUAUCAAAUACGCUAUCAAGAAGUAUCCGUCAAUAAGUUUUUCAUCAGACUUGAUCUGACAAAAGUCAAGUCUCGGGAUACGCCAUGGGACUUCUUGUAUUUGGAUACGUCAUCAGACUUACCCAGGGUUUCAAUCAACGCCAAGGGGGCAGUGCGAAUGCUCGAACGCGGUCGGAGCGCUCGAUAAAAUUGGAUCAUGUGUGUCGAUUGUACGUCGAUUCGCUUCAAGUACCGUUGCCGUAUGAAGAUUGUAGAAAUAAUGCAUAUGGUGGAGAUGUGAGGUCUUGCAGAUACAUACAUGUAUCAAGCCAUACAUGAGGUCUUGCAUGUAUGGCUUGAUAUUCUUCUGACUAUCUCCAGCGUAUUUGUCGCUUCCUAUCUCCCGUCAGUUUUUUUCUGCCGUUUAAUCUUGGCCAUGUGAAAUCUUUCGCAACGGUCUGCCGGUGAAUAGCCGUACGGUAUGCGCUGCGAAGCCAGUGUCGCUAACCUCUUCUCUCCUACACUGGAGAAUGGUUCUUCGCAAGGCCCUUCUUCGCGAGUGGGAGUUUUCUUGGACGAGUCCGUGUUCUCGUUUCGUUUGUGCCACGGCUUCUGUGGAGAGGUGAGGAUUUGACCGGUGUUGCUACCCUCCGCUCUGAAGUAAUUAUCAGCGAUGAAAACCCCAGCUGGACUUGUACUCCCGAGAUUCGCGUGCGAUGUCUCGCGCCUGAAUAGUCGGGGGCUCGGGAUUUGUUUGUUUCGCUUGGCAUUUGCUGUCUAGUGAAUUGUGUGUGUGGUUUGAAAUGCACGCGAUUUAGCGCACCGUGUCCGCGUCGCGGGGAAAGUAUUCACCGGCCGUGUAUGGAUUUGGAAAAUGGAGGGCUGUGCAGAAUAUGAAUAUGCGCACGAGGAACUACGAAAUUCGGUUUGUUUAAAUGCGUUAUUGUGUAAAUUUUGCGGUAGUUUAGAGUGUGUACUAGCAUAGGAAGUAAUUCAAAACCCCUCAGUUACUCUUAGAUAGCGCGUUUUCUCUAUCUGUUAAUAUUGCUCGUUUUCUCCAUAUAUUAGUUUAUGAGCGUAUAAAGCUUCUAAAUAAAUGCAUUAUGCCAAAA